ACAAAAAUCAACGGUCAUGCUUCGUCAAAAUAUAUGCAACAUAUUACAUGCACAAUCUUAGGGGUUAAGCUCUAUGAUUUAGAUAACUAAGACAUAUGGUUCACUCAUCAAGAAUUAGGGUAUAGUAUCAUGCCCACAAAUCCGGUUAAUUCGUGGUCCAGAUAGCGUGUUCUUACUUAGAGUAUAGUAUCAUGCUUAGAUAUUGACAAUAGAUGUGGCAUUACACCAACAAAAUGAAGGUAUUAGUAUAAGUUUAAGCAAAUGCAUAUUUGAUAAGUUAGAAAAUUAUACACCAAUGGACCAUGUUAAGAUUAGAACCCUCAACAGUGUGUGAGUAUCUUGGACCGAGAUUCUAAACCAACAUCUAAACAACGAUCAUUGGUUGAGAGUGAGUCUAAAUUAAACUUCAGGAAUUAACAAUUGGUACAUAUUGUAUAAGAUAUUAAAUUGAGUGUAUUGAUCGACAAAUAUGAUCUUACAAGAAGACAAUAAACUUUCAAUUGGGAUGACCAAAUUUACCUAAUAUUGAAGUACCUUUAUAAAAACAUUCUAACUAAGUUGUCGUCAUCUGAGCAACAUCAUUGGUUGAGAGUUUGUUUAAACUCGAGAUUCAUUGAAUGACAUAUAUUGUAUAAGAUAAUUUUUUUUUUAGUAUCGUGGUUUUAAUUUAUAGACGCACCACAUACUCACGCAUUUGAGUAUCGUGAUAUAUCUUUGUGACAUGAUUUAUGAUAAGAGAAUUGAAACAUCAUAAGUGAACGUGCUAAGCAUUGAGAAUUUUUAAUUUACAGACGCACCGCAUACUCACGCAUGAAUGCAAAUGUAAAAAAUGUAGAAGAUCCAAAAUAAUUUAAACAUAUAGAUAAAUUGAUUAAUAUAAAUGAUAAAAUGAAACUCACCGGCCAACGGGCCGGGUAAAAAGCUAGUGUAUACUAAUUGCUAAUUAGGAUAGCCAUGCCAUUGAUAUUCAUUAAUGAAUUAAUUUAUUUGAAAAUUCCAGCAUAAUUCCUCAAAAUUGCUAUAUAAAACAUCAAUUUUAUAAAAUUUUCAUAUGUGGUGUGUUAAAAGAACAUAAACAAGGAGUGAAAAAAUAAUAACAUUUAAGAUGGAGUACUGAAUUGUGAAUUAGUUCUUGCCCUUUCCAGUCGUAUUCAGACUCCACUUCCCAGGGCCCAAAGUCUUUCAUAAUCCUUUUAGAAUUCGGAGGAAGAAAACCUUAUAAAAUGGAAGACCCACUAAUGGAUUAACGAGCAAGGAAGGAAAAGAGAGCAAAAGCAGGAGACUUCGACGACGAUCAGUUUACGAGUCAGUUACUGAAACCCCCCGAUAACUUCUCGUCUGGGUUCCGAUUUCGAGCAACAAUGGUGAAGCUGAGAGUUGCAGGGACAUGGUCGGGGGCUCUGGAUGAGGUCGACUUGGAGAAUUGGACGGUGCCCACGUUGAGGGAAGAAGUCGCCAAGCGAUCAAACGUUUCCCCUGCCUCAAUCAAUCUGAUAUGCGCCGGCAAGAUGCUGAAAGACGGCGACUGCACGGAGAAGCUCUCGCAGUUGGGCAUCAGGGCCAACUCGAAGAUUCUGGCCAGCCGGGUCGCCGUCGACGAAGGGAAAUCGUUGAAGGACGAGGAGGAGCUCAAUCAGAGGCUGGCUCGCGUAAAGGCAGCUGUAACUGCAUUGUCCACAAGACACGCAGAUGGUGCAUUGCCGCUCGAGGACUUCAAUCUAGAAAUCGAAGACCAACUUGGGAACAAACUGCACUUAUCCGAGUCCGAUAGACAGGCACUGAUGAUGGGUUUGAUGCUCCACACAAAUGGCAAGGUUCUAAUGAAAAAGGGAAAGUUCAGAGAUGCUCUGGAAGUACUGAAUAUGGCAGAGGAAUCAUUCUCUCUUGGCGAUCCAAAGACUGUUGAACGUGUUGAUAAUAUUGCAAUGCUGCAAAUGGACAUGGUGUGGUGCUAUUUCAUGCUGAAAGACAUUGCAUGUCUCUCUGUUGCUGGAGUACGUCUUGAUAAGGCAAGAGAUGGAUUCGAACGUGCUCAUGGCAAGGAUGCCUCUCGUCUCAAACUACUUCAAGCAGGAAACUCUUCGGAGCUUGCAGUAUAUUUGAGAUUGGAACUACUCGAAGCAGUGGUGGCAUAUCAUAGUGGCCAGCUUGAGAAAUCUAGGAGGUACUUGAUAUCUGCACAGACCAAAUUCAAAAGGCUACAAGUGUCAGAUGAAGUCUUGUCAGUUGUUUUGGGGAUGGGUUUCGAAGAAAACGAAGCAAAGAGAGCAUUGAGAAUCAACAAUCAAGAUGCUGAACGUGCUGUUGAUUUUCUAGUUGAGGAAAAGGCGCGGAAAGCACUGAAACGACAAGAAGACCUUAAGCGACAAGCAGAAAUAUUGGAGCAAAAAAAGUAUGGUGUUACACCCUUGAAGAAAGCUGUGGAUAUCCAACUAUUGACAGGAUUGGUCUCCAUAGGGUUUGAGAAGCAACUUGCUGCUGAAGCACUACGAAGAAACGAGAAUGAUACUCAGAAGGCAUUGGAUGAUUUGACAAAUCCAGAAACUAAUGCUACCAUCCAGAACGACAUUGAAACAAGGAAAGCCAAAAGACAGAAGCAAGACACGGACUCUAAAAUCCAACUGAUUGCAUCCAUGGGAUUCGACAUGCCAGCUGUAGCUGCAGCGGUCCAAGCUGGUGGCACUACGGAGACAAUAAUGCGGCGGCUUCUCCAACAAGGGCCACUUCCAGAUCCCGCUGCUGCUCUUCAGGCUGCUGCUGCUCAUGCUCAGGCUGUUGCUGCUGAUGGUGCUGCCGCAAAUGCUGAACCACCAGCUGAUGCAAGUUUCUCUGAACCGCGAGAUGUGGAAAUGGAGGAUGAGAUAGCAAAUGAAUUAGCAAGGAGAGACGCUUUAUCUGACUAUGAUAUUGAUGUAACAAGAGAAGGGGAAGCCAUUGACGAGUACUUGGCAUUACUCGAUUCAACUGGUAGUAGCAGCGGAAGUGCUUCAACUUCUGGUCGAGGCCACCAGGAGAAGGAAAUAAGGAACUAGUCUCUCUGUAAAUUAUUAGUGUUAAUAGCUGAUAACUAUAGUUUAUCGCUUUUCAUCUUUUGACAAUUGUAGCUUCUAUCUAGGAAUGUUUUUCUUUUUUGGUGAUGGAAAUUAGUUACACAAUGUUUUAUUUUAGUUCCAGAUCACCUUCUUUAGACAUCCUUUUGGAAUGGUCAUGAGUGACCUAUUUGAGCACAAAAUAUAUAAUAUAAUCUUUU